AUGGCGCAGGUCAAGGAGUCAAUAUCUUCAAUUAGAGAUGAGCGUCUUUCUAGUGCGUUUAACAGCUUGACUUGUGAGGCUAGAGAACUGUAUUUACCUGAGAAAAUAUGUGAAUAUCGUGGCCCACCAACACCACUAGAAUUUUAUCGUAACUGGGUGUGCCCUAAUAUACCCGUAAUUUUCAAGAACUCUAUCAAUCAUUGGCCAGCCUUGCAAAAAUGGACGCCAUCGUACCUCAGAGAAAUGCUUGGGGCUAAAGAAAUAAGUGUGGCCGUCACGCCCAAUGGCUUAGCUGAUGCUGUGUGUGAGAAUAAGUUCAUUUUAGCUGAAGAUAGAAAAAUGCUUUUUUCUGAUUUUUUGGAUAUUAUGGAAUCUCCUAAAUUGGGCGAACCUGGAAUUUUUUACGUGCAGGAACAGAACGGAAACUUUACUGGUGAGUUUCCUGAGAUUAUCAGUGAUGCUGAAACUGAUAUAAAAUGGGCAACAGAAGCUUUUGGAAAAGACCCUGAUGCCGUCAACUUCUGGAUGGGGGAUUGCCGAGCAAUAACAUCACUACAUAAAGAUCAUUAUGAAAAUUUAUAUUGUGUUAUAUCAGGUCAAAAAACAUUUACACUUUACCCUCCCACAGAUAUGCCUUAUAUACCCCACCAGGAGUACAUGGUAGCUCGUUAUCACCAAAAUGAAUCUAACAAGUUUGAGAUCAUUAAUGAUCCAAUGGCAACAGGGCACCCAAGUGAGACAAUUCCCUGGAUACCAGUAGAUCCAUUAAACCCUGACUAUGAAACAUAUCCUGAGUUUGCUAAAGUUAAAUCAGUUUCUUGUACAGUCAAAAAAGGUGAUGUUCUCUAUCUGCCAUCAUUAUGGUUUCAUCAUGUCCAACAGACACAAGCUACCAUUGCUAUCAACUUUUGGUAUGAUAUGGAGUACAAUAUCAAAUAUAAUUAUUUUAAAUUUCUUGAGAAAUUAUGCCAAUAG